CCGAAAAGGUCUUGUCCCAACCAUCAUGAGCGUCAUACAGAAAGCCGCGCUGUCCUACGUCGACCUGGCACAAUCUCAUCCCAUUCUUGUGUCGACGCUUCUGGGUAUCGGCUCCCUAACCCUGUUGAAAUUCGUUCUGCAGACUUUGUUCGUGUUUCUGCAAAUAUUUGUCUUGCCCGGGCAGAACAUCAAGCGGUUCGGAGCCAAGAAAGGUGCAUGGGCAGUGGUCACUGGUGCAUCGGACGGCAUUGGGAAAGAGUUCGCGUUCCAGUUGGCCAAGGUUGGUUAUAACGUGCUUUUGGUAGCAAGAAACAAGGAUCUCCUUGUUACAAUCGCUUCAGAAAUCAGCACCAAGUUUGCUGUCAGGACCCAAAUUUUCACUAUCGACUUCUCCAAGAAUGACGCAAGUUCCUACGACAGUCUCACUAAAACCGUCGAGGGUUUGGAUAUCGGUGUACUUGUCAACAAUGUUGGCAAAUCACACUCCAUGCCUGUGUAUUUCGUGGACACACCCAAAGAUGAAAUGGAUGACAUCGUGGCAAUCAAUAUCAGCGGAACUCUGCGCGUCACCUACUCGGUUCUUCCUGGCAUGAUUCAGCGUAAGCGUGGUCUUAUCCUGAACAUUGGUUCCUUUGCCGGGGCAAUUCCUUCCCCAAUGCUCGCCACAUACUCUGGUACGAAGGCGUUCCUCACGACAUUCACGAGCGCCCUUGCCGAGGAAGUCAAAGCCAGCAAUAUUGUCGUUGAACAUGUUAAUACAUAUUUUGUGGUCAGCAAGCUUUCCAAGAUUCGCAAGCCCUCGGCAUUUAUACCCUUACCAUCUUCCUAUGUGAAGACAGUCCUCUCAAAAGUAGGCCUCGCUUGCGGAGCUAUUGGAAGCGGACGUCCUAAUACGUCGACGCCAUACUGGACUCAUGCCAUUAUGGAUUAUGCUCGAACAGUCAUUGGAAUCCCCAGUUUGUUCAUCAGCUACACACAUGGUCUGCACAAGGAUAUCCGAAGACGUGCUUUGAGAAAGAUGGAGCGGGAUGCUAAAAAGCAGUAGAUGAUAGCUCCCCAAUUCUUUACUAUGGUGAAGAGGGGAUGUGCACUGUUUUAUACAUUCCGGUGGGCAUGUGGACUAGCGCUAUCUUAUGUUCGAUGAAAAUGACCCAACUCUUACACCAGCGCUAGUUAGCUAAUGUUUUUAUUCUUGAAUUUCGUGAUGGGUUCCUCUCCUACUCUGCUUCUCAUCUUGGGCCAAUGACUAGCACAUAUAGGAAGCAUGCGCUGACCGUGGUCAUCGGACGAGUAAAAUAUUAUGAAC